UGCUCGCAUAACAAAGUCUUUCUGUGAAUCCUCCGUGUGCGCAGCAAGCCGGCCACGAAUGCUGCGCUCCAUCAUAUAGCAUGUACCAUAUCACCUAGAGCCAUCACAGACGGUCGGCGCUUUCGGCCACCUAGGGUAUGGAUUCAAGCGUCUCGAAGGCGCUGCAGGACAAGCUCUACGACAAGCGGAAGGCAGGAGCGUUAGAACUCGAGUCAAUCAUCCGCAACGCACUCGCCGAAAACAACCACGACAAGAUAGCGAAGAUUGUCCACCAGCUGUGCCAUGAUUAUGCCUAUGCCGUUCACCAGCCUCACGCCAGGAAUGGCGGGCUCAUCGGCUUGGCCGCUGCGGCGAUCGCGAUGGGAGCAGAAGUCGCUCGCUACUUGAAAGAAAUCGUUCCACCGGUACUAGCUUGCUUCUCCGAUCAAGAUGCGCGCGUGCGGUACUACGCAUGCGAAAGCAUGUACAACAUCGCCAAGGUGGCGAAGGGGGAGACCCUCGUAUACUUUAAUGACGUCUUUGACGCAUUGUGCAAGCUUGCAGCCGACACAGAACUCUCCGUCAAGAAUGGCGCAGAGCUACUAGACCGACUGGUGAAGGAUAUUGUUUCGGAAUCUGCGGCGUCGUAUGCUAGCAUGUUAGUCCCCGAGCCUGCCACAGCGGACUCUGAAGUGGACAGCCCGGAGCGGAAUGGUGAGGCACACACAGCCUUCAGUCUGCCAAGAUUCAUCCCACUGCUGCAAGAGCGCAUACACGUCCUUAAUCCAUUCACGCGGACAUUCCUGGUAUCCUGGAUUACAUUGCUGGACUCGAUACCCGAUUUGGAGCUCGUGGCGUACCUACCAAGUUUCCUGGGCGGCCUGCUGAAGUUCCUCAGCGAUCCAAACCAGGAUGUGCACACCACGACCAAAGUGGCUUUAGAUCGCUUCCUCAACGAGAUUAAGAAGAUCGCUGCUGUUAAGAAGGGGAUAGCUGAGAGUCGAAGAGGACGAGACGAGAAGGAGCAGCAGACGAGUGGGUCAAGCGAGGCUGUAGCGGUCGACAAUCCGGAUGUGGAUCAAGCGAAGACGGAGCAAGCCAACGGCGAUGAGGCGGGCACUCCUGCUGCGCCGACGUCUGAUACACCCCAGACGCCAAAGACAGCUGAGACUGAUUCACCGACGGUAGAUGGUGGCUCAACACUGGAGGCAAGCGGCGAGCUCGAGAAGGAGAACGAAGACUUCGAGGACGAGUGGAUACCAGGCCAGGACGUACAGAUUGACUACCAGCGAAUCUUAGACAUACUGGUAACGUUCCUCUCUGAGUCAAGCGAGGAGGAGAUACAGAUCAUUGCCCUGAAGUGGAUUGAGACCUUUUUCGACAUCUGCCCGGAAGACAUUCUGCUCUUCACCCCAAGACUCCUAGCCCAGCUGCUACCGGCGUUAAGCCACGAUGUUGACCAUGUCAAGCAAGCGGCCAACCGCGUCAACCAAGCGCUCAUGGCGUAUAUCAUGUCACUUCCAGAAGAGCCAUCAAGACCGCAGACGGAUGCAGAGCAGACGCAACAAACCAACCAGGCGCCUCCGGCGAUCACGUCCGCUCCCGGAACGACCACCUCCAUCCCGACCAUCCGAGCGCUUGCGCAAGCCAAUGGCGAUGCCAGAAGGGACAGCGCGCCAAGUCUUCGACAGACGCGGAAGGCUACAAGCCCCGACCCAGUUGAGCAACCCACUUCCGCGCCGCAAACCCAAGAACCUGAACCGCCAGUCGAGGACGAGCCUGAGGUGGAGCCGAAAGCACGAACAGACUUGGACUACGAAGCAGCAGUCAACGCACUUACCCUGCAGUUCUUGCACGAGCACGAAGCUACGCGCGUCGCCGCACUCGCAUGGCUCAUCAUGCUUCACCGCAAGUCACCUCGCAAGAUCCUUGCCAUACAAGACGCCACCUUCCCAGCAUUGCUUAAGACCCUGAGUGAUCCCGCCGAAGCGGUAGUUACGCGGGAUUUACUGCUGCUGUCGCAAAUCAGCAAGAGCAGCGACGAUACCUACUUCACCUCGUUCAUGGUGAACCUGCUAAAGCUCUUCACCACCGAUCGACGACUACUGGAAUCCCGCGGCAACCUAAUCAUCCGCCAGCUAUGCUUGUCCCUACCGCCAGAGAAGAUAUACCGCACCAUGGCCGACUGCCUCGAGCGCGACUCAGACGAAGACGUCGAAUUCGCCUCAAUCAUGGUACAAAACCUCAACAACAACCUCAUCACAGCCCCCGAACUACAAGACCUUCGCAAACGCCUCCGCAACCUCGACACCCGCGACGGCCAAAUCUUCUUCACCGUCCUCUUCCGCGCCUGGUGCGUCAACGCCGUCGCCACCUUCUCCCUCUGCCUGCUCGCGCAAGCCUACGAACAAGCGUAUAACCUCCUCCACCUCUUCGCCGAGCUGGAGAUGACGGUCAAUACGCUCAUUCAAAUCGACAAGCUUGUGCAACUCCUCGAGUCACCUGUCUUCACUUACCUGCGCAUGCAACUGCUCGAGCCCGAACGAUUUCCCCAUUUGUAUAAAUGUCUGUACGGUCUAUUGAUGCUGCUGCCGCAGAGUUCCGCUUUCGCUGCGUUGAAGAACCGGUUGAACAGCGUCUCCGCGAUCGGCUACUUACACAUCGCACCCCGAGGCGCACCCGCGACGCCGAGCACGGUCAGUACAUUUGAGCGUCAGAACCGACUAAGGAGUAAAGACGGCGGUGGCACGGGGGAUGGCGGGAUAAGGUGGAAUGAUCUCUUAGACAAGUUCAAAGCUACGCAGGAGCGCGUGAGGAGGAAUCAGCAGCGUCAGAUCACGGGACAGCAUGACGGUGCGACGGAUGAUAGGAUGUCCUCGCCAGAGCAGACAAGAAGACUGGCCGUGCCGGCGGAGAAGGUGGGAGCGGGUGGCGCGAGGCCGGGGAGUGCAGCGAGUGUGGGACGUCCGCCGCUACAGCCUGUUGGUGGUGGACUUGUGAAGGGGAAGAGUAGUCUCAAUCUCGGUCGGGUUGCGACAGGGUUUGGGGCCAGGAAGGGCAAGGCGAAGUAGGAUAUACCUUCCUUCGCUGGACGUUAGAGCUUCACGGUUCGAAAGGUGUGAUGGGAGGGUAUCUAGCGAGGCGUCUCGGUCGGUCUUCUUGUCGUGUGGAGAUGUAUGAACAUGCGAAGAGAGGAGUAGCGGUAUCGCACAACUGUUCAUCCGUUCGC